AUGCCUUGGCGCUCAGCGGAAUUUCCAGCAGAAGAAACAUCCCUUGAGCGAGAUCUGCGAUUUAGUCAAAAGCCAGGAUGGAGAGAAGGCUGGUAUGGGAGAUGCAAACCAAGGUUUUUAAGAACUCAAGUGGAUCAUUUUUUUGGCUGGCCUUGGGGCUAUGUUAUCUGUCGCACAGCCUAUGCUCAUACGUCGGAUGAAGAAUGGGCCGCCGCGAUCAGCAAGCUUGACCGUUAUAUAUACUGGGCAAUAGACAAGGUCCCGUCCAAUUUCCCGGAUGAGCCAAAUCUUGAUGGAUUGAUUCGUGAGGGAUAUCGGAAUGUGAUUAUCGAUGACUCGGAAUUAGCAGGGGCACCUGUUGCCGCUGUUCGUAAACGAUAUCAUAGAUGGUGCCACUAUUAUAAUAUGCAGACUGACGGUAGUCAUGGUGUUGUUCGUUUCGACUUUUGUAUAGCAUUGGAUGACCGCUCAGUCCAGUCAAUUUUGACCAGUGCUGAACCAGAAGAGGCCGGAAAGAUUGGUUAUGUCAAUGUGAUUGACAGUAUCUUUGACCCAGACGACGAAGAGAACGACACAGGUCAAUACUAUGACGGUUGCCUUCGGGUUUAUCUUGACAAACUUUUUAUGUUUGCUCUUUACUGUGAAGAUAAUACACCUAGAGAAUUGGGAUGGGGUGAAUGUGGCCUGAAUCUACCGGAUAAGGUCGUUGUUACGGAUGGCUACUCGACCGAAAUACAAGACAAGGAUAUGUUUCAGAUCUCGCCAUGGUCAAUUGUUAGAGAUGACUUGAGUGCUACGACAAUUUCAUGCCAUGGCAUACCAAGCGACCUACUGAGAUCUGUUUGA